AUGAUAAAAGAAAGGGGUAGGGAAUUAUAAUUAAAAUCUAAAGAUAAACAAUUUAUGUAAGGAAUAUUAAGAUAAUAAUUUUUUUAGAAAAUAAUAAAUAUUGUAUAAAGUUUUGGGUAACAAGAAAAAAAAUUAAUUAACAUCUAUUUUAAUUUGAUGAAUACAAAAGAAACUUAAAAUAAUUUAAAGGUAGAAACAAUAUCAUCUUAAAGCUUACCAGAUGAUGAUUAAAACGAUUAAGAAGGUUAAAAUAUUGAAGGACCUAACGACCAAGACUCACAGGAUAACAUCAACAACAAAAAUUAAAUUUCAAACUAAAACUAAGAUGAAUCCAACAUAAAAUUUUAAUGCAAAUGUGGAAAGUCUUAUUCAAGGAACGCCAGUUUAUUUAACCAUAUUCGUAUAAAGCACGAAAACAAAAUAACUGAGUGGAAGAUAUUUGAAGGUAUGAGAAAAUAGGGUAGACCUAAAAAGGAUUAACAAACAUGUCCAUAAGGUAUGAAUGGAGUUACUGGACAAGAAUAAAUAGAUUUGCAUGGUUUAAAGUUGCAAAGCAAGAAGGAGAUAUCCCAAGAGAUGAUCAAUGGCAAGAAGUAUUAUGAGAAUGCUAAAGGUAAUGAAUCAUUGUCUAAAGUGAAAUUCAAUGAUGAAAUGAACUAAAAACUUUCCAUCGAGAAGAGGAUAUAUUAAUAAAUGCAAGCAGCUGCCACAAAUCCAUUUCCCUUUUACUUUUAGCAUCUAUAUAACCCCGCUGCAGCCACUGCAGGUCACUACUACUAAGACAAAUUUGCACUUGCUGAGUAACAUUAGAUGUGGCAGUAGAGGUAAUAUGCUUUGUUUUUGUAAAACUUACAAGAAGAAAAGCCUCGCCAUUCCCUCUCUAUGGACAUAAUAAUAAGAUUUAAAGAUAUAUUAGUAGAUGCAAAUGAUGAGCCACUUACUGAAAAGGAAGAAGUCGAGCAUCUAAUCAAGCUAUUUAACUACCAGACAUCUCUCUUCUCCAAGUAUAAGAUUGAUUAUGAUUCUUAUAGAGGUUAAUUUGAAUGCCUUUACACUUUUUUAAGAUACUGGAUGAAGUUCAUUAAGCGCGAAAAGAUAGAUGAUACAUUCAAAGAAUAUAUAACUUUCUAGUUCGCAAAAAUACUUAAGAUCAACAUUGAUUAAUCUGCAGUCAUGGAACGCUUAUAAAAGAUAUACGAUGAAUUUGAAAAAAAAUCUAAAGGUACCGCAUAAUAAAAUGGAUAGUAAAAGUAAGCCUAAUAAUCAACUGUAGCUGCUACAUAAGCAAAUUAAUCUGCAACAGCUGCAUCAAAUGCUACUUCUGGUAAUAAUGCCGCAUCAUCUUAAUAGCCUUCAUCUCCUAGCGAGUCAUAAGAGUUACCUCAAGGCUUCCCUAUUCACCCUCCAUAUUCUCAUCUUUAUCCUUAGUAUCCUAAGUUUUACCCACCUUCUCAUUACCCUCCUCUCCCUAACUUGUAAGCCCCAUUAAUGAAUCAUCUUAAUUUCCCUAUUCCACCUGAGGGAAUGUAUCCCCCAGGAUUGUAAUACCCACAUAGCGAAAACGACCCUACCUUCCAUUUGUAUGGAAAGCAAGCAUAUUAAUAUCUUCGCCCUCCAUAGCCUACCAUACCUUAUCCAGCAUAUCUCGACGGCGUAGCAGCAAGUUUUUCUAAAGGAGUAGGCAACUCAGCAGCUGCAUAAAAAGGAUAAGGAAGUUUUCCAAGCAAUCUACAAAUAAAUGAUAAAAAACACGCUACUGAGCCAUAGAAAGAAUCAAAGUGA